AACUGUAUAGGGGACUCCAUUUGUAUUCAAUGCAGGACUCACCAGGGAAAGCUUGAACACACACCACGCCACAAUUUUGCACAGGAUAAAAAGCAAAGUUAUUCUUGCAACUACAAGAAGCCUUUGCGCACCGCUAGCAUGGAUGCAGCAAGCAGCAGCGGGCAGCCGCUUCCUGGCGGCACUCUGGAAGUGCGUGUGCACCCGCGGAAGGGGCGUACUCUACACACAACUCGCUUGGUGAAGGCAGGGGAAAUAGUCUUGGUUGAGGCGCCGACCCUGCUUCUGGUGUCGCCGGACUUGUCGCACGCGACGUGCGCCACCUGCCUUCGCGCGGUCGGUCCCUCAGGUAUCGUGGCGUGCUCCGGCUGCCUCCGGGCAUGCUUCUGCAGCGCCACCUGCCAGCGCACCGCCCUGUCCACACCGUGGCUCCACUCGGCGACCAUCUGCAGUGCCUACGCACGCCUAGCUGCGCUGGGCCUGCCCGCGGACGAGCACGCGCAGCUGCGCUUCCUGCUGCAUGCCGUGGCAUUGCGACACACGCAGUCGCCAGAGGCAGCUGCCCGCUACGCCGCUCUACUGGACCUUGUGGGGCGGCCGGCGGCGGCGGACCGCUCCCUGGCCGCCCGCCUCGCACCGCUGCUGGCGGAGGCGCUGUCAGGUGCGGGUGUGCCGCCUCCGGCACUGGACGUGGAGGAGCUGGCGGCGCUGCUGGUGAAGGAGCAGCUCAACUCCUACGGCGUGCUGGCGUCGCCGCAGCAGCAACAACAGCAACAGGCAGCCCAGGCGGCGGCGGCGGCGGCGGGGGCGCGAAAGCCGGAAGCAAGCACGAGCGGGAAGGCGGCGGGGGGCGAGGACGAGGAUGAGGGCGAGGAUGAAGAGGAGGAGCGCAUGUUGAGAGGAAGCGCCAUCUACGCGCAGGCCUCGCUCAUCAACCAUGAGUGCCUGCCCAACGUGGCACGGUAUGACUACUUCGACUGCCCCCGACCGCACGACGCCCCCGCCCCCGCCGGCCCCGCCUCGGGCGCGGCAUCGGCGCCCGCAGUAGGCGCUGGCACAGUCGCAGGCGGGGCUUUGGGCGGGGGCGCUAGCGCGCUGCCGCUACCGGCGGGCGUGCCGGGCUCCACACACGUUGUGUUCCGGGCGGUGCACGACCUGCCGUCCGGAACGGAGCUGGCGCAGAGCUAUGUGCCGCUGCACUGGGGGCUCCUGGAGCGGCAGCUGCAGUGCAGGGAGGUGUACGGCUUCGCCUGCACCUGCCCGCGGUGCCAGACCGAAUCACAGUGGAGUGACGACGAGGGGAGCGAUGGCGGGGAUGAUGAUGAUGAUGGUGAUGAUGAUGAUGUCGAGGAGGAGGGUGGGAGUGCAGGUGUGGGCGUGGCAGGCAUGGAGGAGGACAGCGACAGCGCGGCGGCAGCGGCGGCGGCGGCGGCAGCGGCGGCGGCAGCCACAGCUGCUGACGGCGAGCAGAUGGACAUGGACGAAAUCCUGCGGCCCAUCACCGCGCCGCCCGGCGAGGAGGGCCCGCUCGAGUCCAACUACCUGCAUCUGUUCUUGCUCAAGUACAUGUGCCCGCGUCCGGGCUGCCACGGCACCGCCGCGCCGCCUUCGCCGGGGUCAGGGCUGCUGGAGUGCAACGUGUGCGGCGGCUCGCGCUCGGAGCAGGAGUUUCUUAGGGAGCUGGAGCGCACGCGGCGGGAGGAGCAGCGGGCUGCGGCGGCACGGGGGCGCGGGAGGGCGGGAAGGCGGUAGCGCAGGGUAGCGGUGGCUGGCAGGGGCCAGGUUGUCACGGCAUUCCGCGUGAGGGUGCAUGGUGUAGAAGCAGGCUGCGCUGGGUGUGCUUAGGGCCCGGACCUGCCAAGACACCCAGGGUUCGUGCCGGUACACACGGAAAGACAGGACAAGGGCAUUCCGUUAUAAGGCGGUGACGAGGUGACGAAUCCCGCGUGCGCACACGAAGUGUUCACUAGCACAUAAGAUGUAGCAGUAGGUCACGUCAAGGUAGGGGCGUUAACGAAAGGGGUGGGGUUAGGUAGCGCCGCGGAGGCGGGUACUUUUGUGGGCCAAACCUCAUCAUGCUUCGGACGCCCUUGCUAUUAUCUAUCUCAGCUGCGCCUGGGCCCAGCAGUGGCGGCAUGCAUAUGCGUAGCGGAGGGGGCAGGCAAAGCCAUGUGGAGGAACAAAGCGCGGCGCCACCCGAGAAGCAGCACCGGCGCGCAGGUUCAGAUAGACCCGCCGGUGUUUGGUUUGCGGUCUGGCGAGCAUAGCAUUGCAUGUACGCCGUUGCAUUACGCUAGUGCUCGUC